UUUUUUUUAGUUAUGUUAGGUUUAAAAAAGAUGUAGACUACAUAUUAAUUUUAUAUUAUAAGUGAUCAAAUCGAGUAUAGUUCAAGUGGUUGAGACACCUGUCUCUGAUCAAAAAGGUCAUGAGUUUGAAUUUCCGCCACACAUGUUGUACUAAAAAAAAUUAUAGUAUUAGUGUUUUCUCUCCAUUUAAUUAUCAUGAGUUCGAAUUACUAAGAAUUCAAAAGUCCUAAAUUAUUUCGAUUUUUCAUAAAAGUUUUUAUUGGGAUUUUGACAAAUGGAAGGCAAAGAUAGAGAGUGGUGAAGUUGAGCACACCAAUGGGGGCGUCAUGAGACAGCCCACAGACACUCCAUUUCUGCGCGUCUUUCUUCUGUCAGAUUUUUCAGUCCCCAAUUUUCUCUCGCGAUUCUUCGCAGCGCCAUUUUGGCUUUCUUCUUCUUCUUUUUCUUCUCUGCUUCUUUUCAGCAGCGACGGGCGAUGGCUUCCAUUUUCUCUCUUUCUACAGUCUCCAUCCCGGAAGCAGAGGAAAACUCUAGAACCCCACGGACUUCUCCAUCUGCGCGAAGACUGGAGUGAUUUCCGAUGUUCAUAUGCCCAAUUGUUUGAAUUUGCUCGUGGAUCGAGAGUGGACUUGUUAAAUGUCUUCUGCUGACGGAUCUUUUGCUGAUGCGACGCCCACUUUGUAGCGGAUAAGGGAUUCCGUUCUGUUUUCAUCGUCACUUUCUCCCUCUGCCAUUUUCGAUUCUCAUUGUUGUUUUUGCCUAAGUUCGAUCGAACAAUUCGUUACUGUUGGGUUCAUUGAUUCGAUUCUGUCUAAUUGCAGCGAUACCCAUUGAGGCAUUUGAUUCUAAUUGUUCCUUAUUAUUUGGUCCCUUUUGAUCCAGAGUGCAUAAACUGAACUGUGAUCGUGGUUUUACUAGGAAGUGACAUCGAGGAUUUGAAACUACUGAGGUUUAAAUUCCCACUUCAAUCCUUGACUGCAUAAUGUAAAAACGAUGGUGGGCAUUGAUGUUAAGGAAAUGGAAGAUUACAGCACUGUAUGGUAGUCGUACGCGUUGGCUGCAAUCGAUCAAAACUUGAGUUGACUGAUCUGUGGAACAUAAAUUAUCUGGUGUUAUUUGCGAUUUAUCUUCAGUAUGGGAUGAUUUUCGCAAUGGAAUUUGAAUUCAAGGAGGAACUGCUGGUUCUUUACUGGUUAAGAACACUACAUAGAAAACCGGGUUAUUGUGAUCCACUUUUCUUAUUGAAGAAGCCAUUUGGGUUGACAUGGCCUUGUGAAUUGCAUGCCAAGGAAGCUAAAUAAGUUCAGAGAUUUCAUUAGUUUGACUGAAUUAUAGUUAGUUUAGCAUUGUUUCUGUAAAUUCUCCUUCUGUGCAAAGGCUCAUUCCUAUGUUUCUAUAAGAAUUUGAGUAAUAUCUUCUGCUGAAGGGGAGAAAAUUUAUGUGGUAGGUGCUUAGAAACCGAGUUUCCUGGGGUCAAUUUUAAAGCUCUAGAAGAAACAUAGAUGUUGAAAACAGAUACAGGGACAUGGUGCAUUGGAGGGAACAAACUUACUUCAUUCCCAACAAGGAACAGUGAAGUAAUUCGAGAAUUCUUAUUUCUCAAAGGUGGUUUUCAUUCUUUGUCCAUACGAUGUCGCGUUGCUUUCCAUUCCCACCACCUGGAUAUGAAAAGAAGGCUAGGAUAGAGGAUGUGGACCUACCCAAAAAGGAUCAGCAUAAAAAGAAGAGGAAAAAGGAGAAGAGGGAUCAAAAAGAAAAGAGGAAGAGCAGGAACAGAGAUAAAAGGGACAAGGAGAAAGACAGAGUCAAAACCAAAACUAGAACCUCCGAUGAAGCAAAACUUCCAGAUAAAACCAAUCGCCACAAUCGACAUUUCCUCGUUCAGAAAGAUCGGAAAGACAGGGACAACUACGUUUUAACUGAGAACAAAUAUGCUGGGCAAUCUGCUGGUUAUACCGAAGGGCAGUCUAAUUAUAGCAGUCAUCUGUCUGACAAAUCUAGGGCCUUCAAAUUUGUGCCAGAGUUGGGAAGGAGGAUUAAGGACAGUGAGGGCGGAUCUAGGAACCUUUUGGGGGAGAAGUUGUCUGUUUAUCUUCCACAGAGAGAUGAUUGGGUGGGUAGACUAGUGGCUAAGGUCACUCAAAAUUUCGAUGAAGGGAAGACGAAGGACGAGAAUAAGGAAAGUGGUGAGGAUAAAUAUAGUGGUCGAGAAAUACGGGAGGAGUCGAAGUUUAGUAGGUUGGAAACUAUUCGACCUGUGGAUCAAGAUGGGGUGAAUUCAGUGGAGAAGAAUGCUGAUGCAAGAACUGAAGGAAAGAGGAGCAGGGAGAAACAGAAGGACAAGGAUAGGCAAGAAGGAAAAGGUAAAAACAAGAGAAAGACGGAGAAACCUGAACAGAAGAUUGGAAGCCUGGAAAAAUCGAAAGGAUGCAACGAAGACGACGUAACGAGUUCCGAUUCUAUAAUUACAUCGCAACUUCUUAGGGACAGCCAUAAACCUGUUGCUAGAAUGGGAAGUCUCGUGAAGAGGAAGGACUUUGAAACCAAUGGGAUCUUGCUUGCCAAGGAUCAUAAAUCCAUCAACUCUUCAAAGUUCCUAUCCUCCUCUGAUCUGCCUAGAGAAAACCACAGGAUGUUAAAACCAUGCCAAUCUUCAGUAGCAGCUGCUUCAAAUUGUCAGGUAACAGCCAAUACCAAUGGCCUUAAAUUCGACGGUAAAGAACGCGAAUCGAACGACAAUGCUAUUGAAAUUCCCCCAGCUCUUUCAUCUGCUGAAUCUAACCAGCUGAUCAAAUUGUCAAAGGUACACCCAAAGCCACCACAUCCAGAUUUAGAGCAUCUAAGCCAGGUGUAUUGGGUUCCCAAAAUGGAGGAAUGGUCAGAUUUUUGUGACCAAGACUGGCUAUAUAGUAGCAAUGCUUCCAACUUGAAGAAGCUGAAAGUUCACGGUUUCGAGAUGGGGACGACGACGCCACAUGUAUGGGCAGAGGCAGUGCAGAUAGACUCGAUCAAUAUCUGCGCUUUACCGUAUGUCGUUCCAUAUUGAAAUUUCCAAAUAGGUUCGAUUACUGGGUUUUACAGUUCUUUUGGUGCAAUCCUUCAUCUGCACUCAGCUCAGGAUGUCUAACAUGAUCGACCGAUAUCGGCACGCUAAUUUUUCCCAUCGUGGCAGGCCAGGAUAAAUGAAUUUCCAUGUAAACUGCAACCCCAUGAGGUCAAGUAGAAGUGAAAAUGCAAAAGCUUGUUGUGCAAUCCCAUUUCAUUUUUAAAGGGAUGGUAGAUAUGUAAGCACAUAACUAUUUGAUAGAUUUAUGAGAUGAAAGGUAUAGAAUUUAGUCAUAUUUAUUUAUUUACUAUA